UUCCAAACUUAUUGUUUUUGUUUUUGAUCAUAAAUGACCUAAUUAACACUCUAAUUUCAGUCAACCAUCUUCUCCAAAAUUUUCGAUUCAACGCACUCAAAUUUGUUUUCCGAUUUGAGUUUACUCAUUCAAUCAUGGGGAAUAUGAUCUGCUGCUGCUGGUUUCAGAGAAGACGUAGGAACAAUACUACUCCGGCGACGGAAACGGCUCCUCUUUCACCCACUAAGGAACUUCCAGCAACUCGUUGUGUCUUCGCCGCCGCGACGCCACCGUUUCUAAACCCUAACCCUAAAAAUUCUUACCAGUAUCCAGAUUACUGCCAUCCUCCGCCUCCCCAAAGUUCUCAUCCUUUGAUUCCCGGCGGUGGAUCUCCUCCAUACGUCGGCUACCAGAAAGUCGUCACGAUUCAUAACCCGGUCAAUGUGAAGAAGGAGACUUUAAGGCUCGUACCCGACCCGGAGAAUCCGAACCGCCUUCUCGUCUCCUUCACAUUUGAUGCAUCCAUGCCCGGAAGGAUCAAAAUCGUUUUCUUUGUAAAGGAAGAAGUAGCAUGCGAUCUUAUAUCAACAAAGGAAGAUACUUUGCCUCCAAUCUCAUUUGAUUUCGGAGAAGGACUUGGUCAGAAGUUCAUACAACCAUCUGGAACGGGUAUAGACUUUACUGUAUUUGAAGAUUCCGAGCUUUUCAAAGAGGGGAGAACAGAUAUCUAUCCGCUGGCUAUUAAGGGGGAGGUGGAAGGAGAGUUAGGUUCCAUGAAUGCGCAGAUUACUCAAGUGACGUUUGCGAUGGGGAAAGAAGAGAUUAAGAUAGGAGUGGUGAGGCAGAGUCUGUGGACGAAUGGGUGUAGAUAUGAGUUGCAAGAAAUCUAUGGGACGGGGAACGAGGUUGAUGAUGAGGGAAAGGAAUGUGUUGUAUGCUUGUCUGAACCACGUAAUAUAACUGUUCUUCCUUGCAGACACCUGUGUAUGUGCAGCGGGUGCGCCAAAGUGUUAAGGUUCCAGACAAAUUUGUGUCCAGUUUGUAGACAGCCUGUAGAGAGGCAUUUGGAGUUUCAGGUAGACGGUAACAAGUAACAAAAAUGGGAGGAAGUAAAGAUGGAAACGAACAUAUUUAGUUAAGCAAUCGAUUUAUGUUAUAUAUGCCAUUCUUAUUCCAAACAUAAAAUGUUAUGGUUCAUAUUAUCUAUCUAUCUCUCUUAAGUGGAAACUGAGUUCUUAAA